AAAGAGGAUAUUGACUAUGAAGUAGUGAUUGGAAACAACAUUUUAGAAUUAGCUGAUAUGGUUAUCACAAAGGGAAAUGCUACUUUUAAGCCUAAAGAAGAAGAAGUGAUGCCAAACACAGAAGCGAAAGAAACUGUACACAAUGAAGAAGUGAAAACUCCGAAGGGUAUGUUACAGGAAUUUGAGAGUUUGUUUUUAUUAGCUGAAUUAGAUUUGUGCCAUAUAACUAAAUCGGACGUCAAAGAAGUCAAGCAGCUUAUUCACAGUUAUGUACCACAACCGUCAAAGAAGAGUCCAGUCGAAAUGAAAAUAUUAUUAAGUGACGAAUGCCCAGUAUACGAACGGCCGAGGCGUUUAUCUUUCGUUGAUAAAGGUAUUGUGGACUCAACAGUAGAAAAAUUAUUAACCGGGGUUAAGAUGAGGACUAAUAGUUUCCCUGAGUUACAAGAACUUUUGGAAGAGGAAGCCAUAGAAGAGCUGGAAGCUCACCAUAAUAUGGAGAGAAUCCAAGAGGAAAAUCGUAAAAGUUAUAACAAAAAACGCAAAAAGGGUGGUGAAAGAAUAUGACGUGGAAAAGGUAGGAGAUCACGAAGAUCCUGGGAAAACCUCAACUGUCACAGAGUAUAUGAAGUCGUGGAAUGGUCAAGUGAAUUCAUCAGACGAUUCAACAUUCGAGGCGAAUGAUAAGUCAGUCCGGCCGAAUGUGGGAAUGGGUCGAGAGACGAGAAGCGGUCGAUUGUAUUGAACCAGUUCAGAGGUGCAUAAUUUAAAGGUUAUCAACGAUAUCGAUGACAAACCAUCGAUAUCAUUGAGAAAAGAGUUCUAUGAGUUAUAGAAGAGUUAUAUAAAGAGUAUAGUUAUGUAAUAAUUAAGUGAUAAAUGUAUAAAGAAAUAAUGUUGAAUAAAACU